UCAUCAUUCCAUGACCACUAAUUUGUGCAAUCAUCAGGUGUUUUCACGAUGGACGAAUACUUCACUGGUUUGCACGGAGAUCUGGGGAUGCUUUGGAAACAAAUGAACGGAAGAACAGAAGUAGGUGGAGUUUUGUACAGUUUGUAUGAGGAAUCCAUUAGUUCAGGUAGGCUACUGAAUUUUUAUUCCUAUCAUCCAUUUAGAGUAUUUUCUCGCGUAAAACAUUACGCCACCUUGCUAGUGACAUUUUUGUGUUAACCAAAAUAUUCACAAUUCGAUUACAGAAUUGCACGUAAAUUCAAUUAA